UCCGGUAGUAAUAUCGCAGACUUGACGACUCCACACGCUGUCGACACCGGGGAGCAGCAGUGUGUGAAACACGUCAGAUAGAGUUGAAUUUAAAGUCCUAACAUGGUUGGAAAGAUUAAACAUGUCCGGCAGAAGCUUCACCAGGAGGCGGUGAAGCUGGACCGGCCGGCCGGCCUCCCACUGACCCCCCAGUCCGGCUCACAGGCUCCCAGUAUAGAGAAGCCUCCUGCUCUGGAACUACACAACACAAGUCCAACACUUCUGGAAACCAGCAGUUCUCAUGUUAAACAGGUACUGGGAGAGGGGCUGUUUCCAUCCGGGAUCUUUGCUGGGACUAAGAUCAGUCCAGAGGUUCUGGUCCAAACACUGAAGUUUGAAGAACCUCCACAUGUUCCUGUACCCGCUAAGAAAGGCCCAGAGGAGAAGAACGUCAAGUCAAAGAAAGAGAAGAUGAAGGAGAGGAGGGAGAGAUGGCUGAACAAGAUCAGCUCCAUUAAACAGGCCAAGGAGCAGCAGGCGGCCGAGGCCCGGCGCCAGGCAACGCCCGUGGUGGGGGACAUGAGGCCGCUGGCCGACGCCCUGCCGGAGCUCUCUCAACUUGUCGCCCCCGUCACAACAGCCCCCACCGCUCGCCGCAAGAGCAGGAAAAACAAAGUGCCGGUGAAGAGGCCUGAGCCAACAGACUUCAGCCAGAUGAAACAGUCACAGAAACGCAAACUCCUGGAAACAGAGAGCAGCCGGUUUAGCAGCGCAGUAAAGACUCUCUCUGCUAAAAUGAACCCUCUAGCUGAUAUCGGCGAGCAGCUGAGGAAGAGGAUGAAGCAAGAGGAGGAGCAGGGUCCCAGCUAACAGCAUCACACACAUUCAUCAACACAUCUCAGUCAACAUUGGAUUAUUUUCAGAGAACCCCGGAACAUUAUUGACUGCUCCCAGAAAAAAAAGAAGCAUAUGUUACAUAUAUCCUUUUAGUUUUAUUAUCCACAGCACAUUUAACAAGCAUGUGUUUCAGUCGCAGUUGUUUUGGCUCCACCUCCAAACAUUUCAUAAUCAAACAGUGCGUGUACAAAGAGAUCACCACCUCCGCACUCGUCCUCACUAUCUUCUCAUUGUGCCGUACUGAGAAUAAGAUCAGCUCCCAACUCUGAGUGACUCAUCAGCAAUAACCAUAGAAACUGCAGCGAUCCAUGUAAAUGAACAUCUUGUCGGGGCAACACUGAGCCACGCGCUGAAUGAAAAUAUUAUCAAACUAUCAUCAACAUGUUAUGGGGAGAUGUGGAAAUCACUGCACAUGCUGCAACUUUGUCUGUUUUCACUCAUUUUCAAACAGAAGCCACAAUCUCUCACAUAAUUACAAGAUACUAUUUCAUUCAAAAAAAUAAAAAUGUCAUAAUAGUUUCACCAAAUUAUGUACUUAUCUCUUAAAAAUAAUAAUAAUAAUUAUGAACAUUUCUGUUAAGAGAAUGGUGUAUUUUAUAAUUUUGAGAUACAAAGUGAUAAGCGUCAUAAUUAAAAGUUUUUCAUAACGUAAAUAUGAGAUCUCCAUUAUUUUAUAACAAUUCAGACUCAUAAUUAUGUUGCAGAUUGUCAUUUCUUUUCAAAAGUUUCCCAUAAUGUUUGUAUUUUAUACUACAUACUGUGCAUAUUUAUGUAGAAAGUUAGUUUUCAUAUGCAGACACACAAACACACACACACAGUGACUUCCAUUAUUGUACUGUUUGAAGCCAUUCACAGAGUGUCAUGUGGAUGUUAUUUCUUUGAGUGGAAGGAUCAUAAAUAAAUAUGUGCAUUCCCUU